CCCUGGCAGGUCCCGCCUCCUCCUCCCCAGUCGGUAGCAGGUUAGAGCUGCAGUUCUACUGAACUUCCCUACUGGUAUCUAAUGCAGGUAUGGGGACCCUGUAAUACUGCAGCCACUCCCAAGGGAAACAUUGCUACCUUCCCUGGAUCCCCCCACUUGCCCAUGGCCAGCAGCCCUGCCUAAGGAGGAAGAGGGGAAGCAGCAGCAGCAUGGCCAGCCUGGGGUACGAUGACAGCUCUCUGGAGGAGUUGGACCCUUCUCUGUCCCUCCAGGAGACCAGUGACAUUGACUCCAUGCUGCUGAAUGACAUUGAUGAUAUGCUUCAGCUUAUUCACAACACUGACAAUGACUUCCUGUUCGAUGGAGUUGCCUUUAACACCAUCAAUGGUCCUGCGCAGGACCCAACUCCACCUGUCGAUCUCGCUGGAGGAGAAGCUUUAAGCUCUUUGGAGGGAUUACUGGCAGCUCCCCCCAGUGCGCCCCCUGUGAAGAUGUUUUCUCUUGGUUUUCCGGGGCAGCAGUCUUCUGUCCUUCCCCAGGAUGCACUGGGGCAGCAGAUCAGUCCUCCUGCACAGAACCGGGCGAAUGAGGAACCUAUGCAGAUCUGUUCAAGUCCAAAUCAAGCGUCGAACCAGCUUCAACAGCCUUCACAACCGCUGCAGAGCCUGGUGUUUGGGCAGAAAUUUGUGUCCCAAGCUCAACCCCAGUUCAGCUCACAGACGCCAUUAGGAGCAUAUCAGCAGGAUCAGGGGACGUAUACAGUCCCUCAGAGUGUCUCAAGCCCACAAGGUAUUAUCAAUCAGCCAAUACAGAAUGGCGCUGGGCAAGCCCGACAACAGAACCUGCAGCCUGUCCCAAGCCCAGCCAUGCAGCCGCUGCAGAACACUGUGCAAGGCGGACAGGUGUUACAGAAUAUCACAGGGCAGACUCUGCAGCAUGUUGCGGUACAAGGGGUGCAACAGUUGCAGAGUGUCGCUGGGCAGCCGUUGCAGAGCAUAACAAGUGUUGCAGGACCACAUCUGCAAAGCAUCAGCGCCCUGCCUCAGCAGGCACAAUCCCCCACUCAGAUACAGCAGCCUGUUACCAUCCACACGCAGAGCAUCUCGCCGCAGCAGUUUAUCACUACCACUUCACCCAUCACCUCCCAAAUCCAACAGGUCCCGGUUCUUUUGCAACCUCAUUUCAUCAAAACGGACUCCCUUGUGCUCACUGCUGUAAAGACGGACAACGCUGUUGUGUCAGGAGUGAAGACUUCUGGGAUGACUUCAUUAGGGACCAAUACCACAAUACAGACUACACCGCUGCAAAUGCCGGCUCUGGUUAGUGGGGGUACCUUUCUGACAACAGUGCCGUUGGUCAUGGAUGCAGACAAGUUGCCUAUUAACCGUAUCGCAGCCACCGGCAAGAUGGCCAUGCUGAACGGCAAAGGGGAAAAACGCACAGCACACAAUGCCAUCGAGAAGCGGUACCGAUCCUCUAUCAACGACAAGAUCAUAGAACUAAAGGACCUGGUUGUGGGCAACGAAGCCAAGCUGAACAAGUCGGCUGUGUUGAAGAAGGCCAUAGACUACAUCCGUUUCCUGCAGCAGAACAACAUCAAGCUGAAACAGGAAAACAUGAUGCUGAAAAUGGCCGCCCAGAAGAACAAUACCCUGAAAGACUUGGUGGCUGGCACUGGAGUUAUGGAUGGCAUGAAAGCAGAAAUGAUGGAAGUGCUCACCCCUCCUCCCUCAGAUGCAGGGUCUCCAUCACAUAGCGGCAGUCCUCUCUCCCAGUGCAACAGCGACUCAGAGCCAGACAGUCCUCUCAGUGAGGAUGCUAAGGUCGAAGUCAAACAGGAGGUUCCAUCUCCUCGCAGCGCAGGGAUGUUGGAUCGUUCCCGAAUGGCACUCUGUGCUUUUGUGUUCCUCUGCCUCUCGUUCAACCCCCUGUCUUUCCUGAUGGGAAGCUCCAAGAGCUACGACUCUUUGGACAGUGGAUCUUUCCAUGGCACCGGGAGAAUCACAUUGGAGGUCGGAUCCUCAGAAGUAUCCGAUUGGUCUAGCUGGCUGGCCCCUUCCACGUUCCUUUGGCCAAUCAACAUCAUCAUCGUCCUGGGGGUAUUUAUACGACUCUUUAUUUAUGGGGAGCCUGUAACAAGACUGCACUCGGAAUCUUCUGCCCUAUUCUGGUGUCACCGCAAACAAGCCGAUGUUGAUCUGUCUCGGGGUGACUUCGCACAGGCAUCGCUACACCUUUGGAUGGCACUUAAAGCACUGGGCCGACCCUUGCCCACCUCCAACCUGGAUCUGUGCUGCAGUCUCAUGUGGAGUGUGAUUCGCUAUGUCCUCCAGCGCCUGUGGGUGGGGCGUUGGCUGGCUGCGCGGGCAGGAGGCUUCCGGAGAGACCACCAGCUGAAAGAUGAUGUGAGGAAAAGCUGCAGGGAUGCUGCUCUUGUGUAUCAUCGCCUCCACCAGCUUCAUAUGACUGGGAAGCACGUUGGAGGUCACCUGUCUGCUGUAAAUAUGGCACUGAGCGCAGUGAACCUGGCAGACUGCGCUGGAAACGCCAUCUCAGUAGCGACACUGGCAGAAAUCUACGUGGGGGCCGCCCUGAGAGUCAAGGCCAGCCUGCACCGACGCUUCCACUUUUUGGCGCGCUUUUUCUUGUCCAGCGCCCGUCAGGUGUGCCUGGCACAGAGCGUCACUAUCCCCCCCGCCAUGCAGUGGCUGUGCCACCCUUUGGGACAUCGUUUUUUUGUGGAUGGAGACUGGACUGUAAGGAGCUCUCCCCGGGACACAAUCUACAGCACAGCUGGCAGCACAGUGGACCCCUUGGCCCAGGUGACCCAAGCUUUUCGGGAACACCUCCUGGAGAAGGCGCUGUACUGUGUGGCUCAGCCGGAACAGACCAAGCCUAUGACUGAGGGAGAGGGGGAGUUUUCUGAUGCUCUUGAAUAUCUGCAGUUGCUGAACGGAUGCUCAGACACAGCGGCCAUUCCUAAUCACACGUUUUCCAUCAGUUCUAGUAUGGCGGCAGUCACAGGGACAGACCCGGUUGCCAAGUGGUGGGCCUCUCUCAUCAUUGUGGCUAUUAACUGGCUGCAGGGUGAUGACGAAGCAGCGCAGAGACUGUACCCAGUGGUGGAAUACAUGCCGAAGACACUAUAUGCUUCAGAGAAUCCACUGCCCAAAGCCGCCCUUUAUGUUUUCAAAGCCGUUCGCACCUUGUUGGGAAAGCAAGACAGCAGUCAGGUCAGCUUGGGCCACUGCGAGAAGGCAAGCGGCUACCUGCGAGACAGCUUGAACAUGGGCCCAUCUGGCACUAGCAGUGUGGAUAAGGUAGCGCAACUUCUCCUCUGUGACCUACUACUGGUGACAAGGACAAACAUCUGGCAGCAGCAGCAGAAUUCCCCCGGGCAGCAGCCCAGUCUAGUGCAUCCAGCGCCUCCUCACGAGCUGCGGGGAUUCCAGCUGGAUUUAAGCAGCCUCCGCAGAUUGGCGCAGUCCUUCAGGCCGGCCAUGCGCAGGGUAUUUCUGCAUGAAGCCACAGCUCGGCUAAUGGCCGGCGCUAGCCCCACGCGGACACAUCAGCUGCUGGACCGCAGUUUGCGCAGGAGAGUGGCCCCAUCCAGCAAAGAAGAUAUGGUACGCUUGGUCAGCUGCAGUGUUACCCUCCCGACGCUGCCUUGUCAGUAAUCUCCGAUUGGUUUAAAGAAAGCCCCGCCCUCUCGGGGAUGCUCUCCAGUGUGCCCCUCUUACCCAGGGCCAGCAGCACCCAUAGGAGACUUAUCUUAAGCCAUGCAGGACUGUGCCACUGAGGAGAAUGAGGGGGUAUUCACCCUCCAUAUUACCCCACCAGGGCCAGAGAAGAACGCAUGGCACCACCUGACAUGACACUGCUGGAUUGUUUUUUUUUUACUGUCGAGCGCGACUCUAUUCUCUUCAAGCAUCUUUAGCUCCUAGCUUGUAGCUUAUUGGCUCAGAGGAUCUUUCUGACUCGUGAAAAGAAAGGGGAAAAAAGUGUAAAAAAAAAAAGAAAUCGGUUGGAAAAUUAUUUGUAUUUAAACUUUUUAUUUUUCAGUUUGCUGUGUUGUCUCCAUUGUUUGCCUGUUUGCCCCGUGCUGAUGCACAUUUCAUUCAUCCGCCCUAUUGCCCAGUAAUUAUAAUGGCAGCUUAUUGCAGAGCAAUCUGAGGGUGUGUGCUGCCCCCUAGUGUUUAUACCAUGUAAAUGGAUUUGCUCAGAGGGAAUGUGCCCUAUAAGCACAGCCCUCAUACUGUGAGUCUUUAAAGGGUAAACAAACCCUUUUAAGAACCUUCUGCUGCCUUAGUAUCAUGGUUGCAAUGUGUUAGUGACCUGCCAGCCUCUCUCUGUUCCCAGCAGGCACCCAAGAGAUGAGCCCCACACCCCGGGAGCAUGCAGAAGCCCUGCUCCUUGCCUGCCGCUACCUGCCCCCUACCUUUCUAUCUGCCCCAGGGCAGAGAGUGGGCAUGUUGGCCGAGGCAGCCCGUACCCUGGAGAAGCUUGGGGACAAACGGACUCUGCAGGACUGCCAGCAGAUUAUCCUGGCGCUGGGCAGCGGAACCACAGUAACUUCCAGCUAGGGGGGGGGGGUCCUGUUAUACUUGCUAUACAAAGCAAGAACAUCCCCCCCCGAAGAAUUAUAACGAAUGGCUUCAACUAUAGCAAUUCCAUCGGGCGACUGUUCCCUGCUCCACUUCACAGGCAGAUGCCCUACGAUAUUGCACUUUAAUCUAAAUGCCCCCUCUCAUCACAAGGGGCAGAAACCGCUCAUGGAGUCCUGCGUGGAAUACGGAUGCAGCAGCAGCGCCUUCCCUGUACUGAGUAACUGCCGCGCCGCUAGCGUAACUAUGGGUGGGAGAAGCUGCGCUGGUUAUAGGAAUCGUCCUCUCAGUGUGGGAGCCUCCAUAGAAAGGAGCCUUCUGGUCACACAGUAUGUUGUGUGUUCAUAUUUUACUAAGGGAAGGUAAACUUCAUUUUGCAGAUUUAUGUACAUUUAAUUUUAUAUUUAAAUAUAUACAGUGACUUCUGUA